CCCCGCUCAUCAGCACUUCCGGCCUCUCUAGCCGCCUCUACUGUUCUCGUUGCGCGGGGGGAGGGGCAGACGGGCUGUGGGAGCCUCAGGGGGCGCUGAGGCUCGAGCCGCUGCCACGGGAGCGGGGCUGGUCCCCUCCGUGCCGGGCUCCCCGAGGGCCGGAGCUGGGCGUGCUCAGGUGGCCGAGCCUGCCCGCUGUCCCCCCAGGCGGGAAGAGGACGGACAUGGCAGACGCCGCCGCGGCUCCUCAGGCGCGCUCAGCUGGGAGACCCGUGCGCGAGGGGCCCGGUGCCCCCGAGGCUGCCCCUGCCACGUGCCCGUGCCCGUGCCCCGCGGCUCCGACAUGUCCCGAGCCGGGCGCCCCCCCGCGGCAGUGCAGAGCACCCCUGGGUGCUGCCAUCCGGGAAGCCUGUAGGAGCCAGGUGUCUGUUAUUCUGCCUGUUCACAAUAGUGAAAGCUGGUUGGAUGAAUGCUUAAAGUCAGUUUUGGAACAAGAUUUUCAAGGCACCAUGGAACUCUCAGUAUUCAAUGAUGCUAGCAAGGACAGUUCUAUUAGUAUACUUGAAAAGUGGAAGAUCAAGUUAGAAGACGUAGGAAUACAGGUCGUCAUUGGUGGUCAUGAUUCACCUCAACCCCAAGGAGUUGGCUUUGCUAAAAACCAAGCAGUAGUGCAGAGCUCAGGGAUCUAUCUCUGCUUUCUGGAUUCGGAUGAUGUUAUGAUGCCACAGAGAAUUAGAUUGCAGUACGAAGCUGCCAUUCAGCAUCCAAACAGUAUUAUAGGCUGCCAAGUCCAGAGGGAACCGCUGGAGUCUACUGAGCGAUAUACUCGUUGGAUCAAUAAUCUGACACAGGGGCAACUUCUUACACAGGUGUUUACCUCUCAUGGGCCCACUGUGAUCAUGCCGACCUGGUUCUGCUCCCGAGAAUGGUUUUGCCACGUGGGCAAAUUUGAUGAGGGUGGGAAGGGCAUCCCAGAAGACUUGCUGUUCUUUUAUAAACAUGUCCAAAAAGGCGGCGGAGUCUUUCGAGUGGACCAGUGCCUCCUCCUGUAUCGCUACCAUCCCCAGGCUGCAACUCAUUCUGUCCUAGAGGGAACCAUCUGGAAUCAUCGAGUCAGAUUUCUGGAAGACCAAGUCCUAAAGCACUGGAUGUCUUUCACCAUUUGGAACGCAGGCAAACAAGGCAGGAAGCUCUACAGAAGCUUAUCACCAGCUAAUCGGAAAAAGGGUGAAGCUCAUUCAGAUGUUUUCGUGGAUGGAUCCAGGAUUUCAUAAAGGGAGGUGUGGGGGCAGCAACCAGCAUUGACGAAGUGGCUGCACCCCCCGCUCUUAACUCUCCACUGUCACUGGGGUGGGCAGAACACGCUGCGGGAGUAGCAGCCAGGGGAUUGUUUAAGUCCCCAAAUCAGGUAAGAAUACACCCCCCUCCCUCAUCCCAGCACCCCCUCUCAUCUGCCCCAUGCUCAGCAGGAGCUGGGCUCAGCUGGGAACAGUGGCUGUCAUGGUGCCAGCACAAGGGGUCCCUUCCCUGUGCCUGCUUCUGAACUUGGAAAGGAACACCUGGGCUGGAAGGAGGAACCCACCUGCUGCCUCCACAACCACUGUCCCUGACUGAGCCCAGCUCCCUAUGCAGUUCAGCUGGAGCAUGGCAGGAGGGGCUCUUCAGCUUUCCCUGCCCCCAGAUCAGCCAGCAGAAGUGGUGGGUGGGGGAGGGGGUUAAUGGAAGGGGCGAGGAGGAGACAUGCUGCUGAGCAUGGAGGGGAAAGGAGGGAGUGCCAAGAGGUGGGGAAUUCUUACCUGCUUUGGGAACUUAAAAAAAUCCCCUGGCUGCCACUCCCAUGAUGCAGUUUGAAAGGGGAUUAUUUAUCCCUAGAUAGCUUUAGAAAACUGACAUCAAGGAACUUCUGAAAAUGGGAAUUAGGGGUGUUUUUUUAAAGAUCUUACCUGCAGUUUAGAUUCUGAUAGGACCAAUGGAAAAAGUCCUAAGUUUUGUUGAUUUUCAUUAUGGGUUAUUUUGCCAGCAAGCUUGUAGCACUUAAGACUGGGCACCCCUGAGCUGUUGAUAAUUACAAAAAAGUGGCUAUAUCCAGUAUUUAGAGGGGCUGGGGCUUGUUAAAACUCUUAGAUUCCCUGUACUGAUCAGAUGAUUGCGAAAUGUUUGAUAGUGCAACUUCUUCAGAAACUGAACUUGUGACAUUUUCUAGAAGUAGCAGUCUGCAUUUGUUCAAAGGCCCUUACAAAUGAUCUCGAAUGUUUGUAAAGUUGUUUGAAAUUGAAUAGUGAUGAUGUUCUAAGGGUAAAAGACCUGACCUAGCCAAUAUACUUUCCUCUGCCUCAGAUACAGAGAUGGUGACUAAGAGAAAUGGUGUUUGUUUCCAAAGAGUGGAGGAAAAAAUCCAGAUCUCAGUGCUUUUGCUAAACUUAUUGAACUAGUACCUUCUAUGAACUCAUUAUCAUAACCUCAGUAUACUUAAGAAAUGUUGCUUCUUGAUUCAGACAGUUGCCAUUGGGCUGGUACAGUAUUUCUGCAACAGUGAAAUUGAACAGGUCUUUUGUUGGUGUUUAAAGCACUUCCGUUUUGUCUAUAAUUUGCAGCCAAAGAUGAAAACCAAAUGUUUUGGGGGGAUGCCACAUAUGCUUGGUGGGGGGGAAGGUUGGAGCUGUCUUGUCUACUCUGUUCUUGUUCAGCAAACUUCAGCUAAAGAAGGGAGUACUUCAGUAUUCACAUUUCCCUUCAGUCCUGCUCAAAAUAGAGCUUCAAAUAGCCACCUGGAAAGCAGCAAGACAUGAACUAAACAAGCUUUAGCUGCAGUUACGUUGAUGGAACUGUUGUGGAAACAACCUCUAAAAAUGCACCCCAAAUGCCUAGCCCUGUAAAGGCCCUGCGGUCACUUGUGUGCCAAACCUGUCCAUGAGCAGCAUACCAUGCAGCAUUAAGAAAAGCAUGUUCCCUCCUUGUAGCAUAGUAUCUAUCUACUUAACGGAUUUAAGUCAUCUGCUGUAAUUUAACAUAGUGGCCUUUUCUAUCUGCAAGCCACUUUUGUCUAUCAGUCAUAGGAUCACUAGAACUUGUACUACUGCUAUAAUCCUGUAGCUGUACUACAAAAGGCAGCUUUUAAUUUUUGCUGUGUAUUAGAAAUGUACAGAAUAUACUAAGGAAAAAAUCAGGGAAUGAAGUGAGGGAACCAGAGUCAAGGAGAGAACCAUGUACCACACCUGCUAGGGAAGAAUGGAUUGCUGCCAAUAUGAUUUAGAAAAGAUAACCAAAAGGGAAGAAAAUUUCAAUUAUACCCAAAUUAACUAGAUAUCCAGAGAGAGCUUGAAAAUGGAGCCUUUCUUCCUUCACGCAGCCAUGUUUUUCACCUAUAAUAAAAUGACUUCUAAUUUAAAGAAACCAUAGAAAAUUGUUUGUUAAUCGCGGUCUCAAAGAAGUUGCUGUGGUCAGCACUUGCAGUACAGACCAUGUGAUUUAGGUCUUCCUCGCACCUGAAAAUAUUGUCAACAUAAGUCUUUCAGGCCGUGUGUAGAUGAAAUGGGGGCCCUAAAUUGAAGCAGUGGGUUUUAAAAAACACCGCUUCAGUUUAGGGCUGAUUAAACCCCUGUGUUGUGCACACACCCCAUUGACUUACCUGCCUCUCUAGCGGGGAGGGGAGGGCGAGCUGCAGGCAGGCAGAGCGAUGCCUGGGCUGUGGGGGGGGUGGAGCUGGUGUUUCCCUCCGCGGCAAUGGCAGGCCCCUGCCCCCCCAGGCGCACCCGCCUGCAGGCACCUGGCUUGGGUGGCCGGGGGGCACCGCAGCCAUGGAGGGAAGCACUGGGCACUCCUGCAGCUCAGGCAGUCAAGCAGGCUCGGGAGGGCGGAGGGGUGAAGAUCAGGCUCACCACUUUUCAUAGGUGAAGCUUUCCUGGUCUGCUGCCAGGCUGCCUACAGGGCUUCUGACAGCUGCAGAGCUGCACGGAGCCCGGUGCUUUGCUCCAUGGCACUAGGGGCAGCAAACCUAAAGGAGUUUGUUUGCUGUACCCCAAGUCAUUUAAGGUGCAUUAUGCUGCCAAAUUUUCUACAGCAGUGUGCAAACACCGACAUCAUUAAAGCGGUGCAAAAGCAUUUAUCCCACUUUAAAGUGUCAUGCACACAUGCCUCUCGUUUAGGCUACACACAACCUGAGUUUCCAGCAUAGAUUGAUUUAAAUCAAGUUGAUUUAAAUCAGGAAGUCUAAGCCCAAUUUAAAUAAUUGAUUUUAUCAACUUUCCCAUUGUACCUUUUUGCUUUUGUUUUUUAAAGAAAGGUGUUUUUUCAUCGGUUGAUAUAAUUAAAACAUGAUGGAUUGCAACUAAGUACAGUUUUUAUAGUAGAUUUGAUACAUAUGUUUCCUUGGUACACAAACUGUGUGUGUGUGUGUAUAGCUUAGCAUAUUUGGCUUGUUAGAAAUCCUACAUUUUAGUAUGCUAUAAAAUGAAGAAAUAUAUCAUUCUUAUUUACUAAAUGAUUAAGUUUUUGCUUAUAUGUGUAUCAAGCUUCAUUAAGACAACAACUUGAACUUAAUUAAACACACAAAACAAGCACUUCAAAUUUAUUAAAACUUUAA